ACUCUGCCUUCUAAUGGGGCCAGAGGCUGCAAAUUGCAGGGUGGAAUAAGCCAAGCUGCCAAGCAGAGAUGGACCCUGCCAAGAAGGGGACAUUCUGGAGACACUCCAGUCUCCAAUGAUCAGGACUGGAUGCCAGGCCAGCCAAAGGGGCACUGUGCCGUGGCCAGCCCAAGCCAGCCCCUGCCCCCUGGGAGCCACUCGAUGGCGGGAGAGAGCACUGAGACAGGCACAUAAAGGUGAGGCUGAAGAAUGGGCCAUGAGCAAAGGACAUAAGGGAGCCAGAACUGGAGAAGCUGCCUUUCCCAGCCUUGAGAACAGCCGAAGACAGGACCCAGGCCUCAGGCGAUGCCUGCCAGGCUAGGUGACGGAUGCUGGGGUCCCUCCCCACCCCACCCCCAGCUGCUUUCCUCACAAUGGGGUCCAUUGCUGAGGUGGGAGGGACAACUCAGAGAGGGCCAGUUAGGGGCCCUGCCUGCCAGACACCCUCCAGGAUCCUGCCCUCUUAAGCAUGAGCUAUACCACCUGGGCUGCCCCAGUGCCAGCGUGCUCUUAGCCCCACCUUUCCCACCUGCGUGGGUCCUGGAGACCCUCUGGGAGCUCAUCCAGCAGCCAUCAUGCAAGGUGGUGCUGGGGACAGCCCUCCUGCUGGGGAGCGGAGGCCUCAUUAUGUGGGCACAGCACAAGUGGGGACAGAAGACAGCCCUAGAGUCUGUACAGGCCAAGCCCAAGUCCUCAGAGUGCCACAGGACACAGACCCAGAGCUGGAUCAAGUCUCACUUUAGCUGCCUUUCUGAAGAAAAGUUAACCCCCGAGCUCUGUGUCAGCACCAUCAGCGAUGCUGUGCCGAGGGCCAGCGGGAGCCAGGAGGCUAGCACCACCAUCCACAUGGAGACCUUUACCACACAGCCGGGAGACAUGGGCACAGCUCUGCGCAGGGAGUCCUUCACCAGCAGACGGAAGAUAUCUGGGACCUCGGUGAUCAAAGAGACCCAAAAGGAGUCUGGAAGAUCCCCAUCCAUGGAUGAAGCCACGUGGGCCACCGUGGCUGCCUGCACCAAGGAGAUUGACACCAAGGGGCGGCACCUGGCUAACUCCAUGCUGCAGCGGGCCACAGCGUACCAGCACUCGGGCCGCCUGGAGUCCAGGGACAUCACGCAGGAGGAGCUGAAGGCCCUCGAAGAGGUGGAAAUGAAGCUCAAGGGCAGUUUCCUCACUCGUCGGGAGACCACCAUAGCUGGUGCCAAUCAUUCGCACACUUUAUAUGGCCGCAGUCACUAUGGCCACCAGAACCAGCAGGGUCAUCCAAGUCACCUGAGCAAUGUUGGUCAUCCAGGUCAGCCAGGCCACCAGGGACAGCCAAAUCAACAGAGCCACCCAGGCCACCAGAGCCACCUAGGCCACCAGGGUCACCCAGGCCACCAGGGACAGCCAAACCACAAGAGCCACCCAGGCCAACAGAGCCACCCAGGCUACCAGGGUCAGGCAAGCCAACAGAGCCACCCAGGCUACCGUGGUCAGGCAAGCCAACAGAGCCACCCAGGCCACCAGAGCUACCUAGGCCACCGGGGUCACCCAGGCAACCAGGGACAGCCAAGCCACAAGAGCCACCCAGGCCAACAGAGCCACCCAGGCCUCCAGGGUCAGCCAAGCCACAAGAGCCACCCAGGCCACCAGGAUCAGCCAAACCAACAGAGCCACCCAAGCCUCCAGGGCCACCCAGGCCACCAGGGUCAGGCAAGCCAACAGAGCCACCCAAGCCUCCAGAGCCACCAGAGCCACAGUCUGCCCAACCGCAGCUACCAGAUCUGCAACUCCCUUGAAGCCACCUAA